GGCAGUUUAGUCUGUCAACGAGGAUAAGCGAAGACAAGCAACAGAGUCGUUAAGCCAAAGCAUCUGAUGAACGGCUCUGAUUUCAUCACUAACCUUCUCAUUCUAUAGGAGGGUGUUUCGAUGUCCAUAAAAAGAAGCAUUCGCAGCACCAACUGAUCGGAUCCAAAACAGAAAGCCUUUUCUUUUUCGGAGAAAUCACUUCUAAGUUACUGGCGUAAAAGCAAUUCCCAACCACUCGCGUGCUGGACUCAUCCGCUUAAUGAGAAUCAUUAAACCCAAACCGCUCUUGUAGAAAUUUGGGAGAUUUCAGUGUUGAAUUUAUUUCUUCUUGUCGGCGAUUUUGUGUUGAUGAGGGGCAGAGAGGAAUUGAAGCAGCAGCCAAGCUGGGAAAGCCCGGUGAGCUGCUUGGGAUCUUUAAUUGCAUAAAUGAGGUCGCCGCAGCGAUCGCGGCGGCAGCAUCAUCGUCGACGGCCGGGAUGAGCGAUUCGCCUCAUCGAGUCGAUACUACUCCCAGGCUCGCCCAAUGGAGGAUCGAAUCCCUCUCUGCUUUCGCUUAUCGCAAGUCGGAUCCCUUCAAGAUGGGCCUCUGGAACUGGUAUUUGACACUGGAAAGAAAUAAGCAAUUAUUUGUGAAGCUAUGCCCGGAAGCGUCAAAUGUGACAAAGGAGCAACCUCCAAUUGCUUCCUUCAUCAUCAAAAUUGUCUCAUCCUCAUCUUCUAAUCGCAAAACCAUUGUUCAUCCAGGAAUUAGUGACAGACAGCUAAAGAGUAACGACUACUUUGUCUGGGCAGUCGAUACCUUUGCAGGAAAGUUCAUCAUUGACGUCGAGUUCCUUGAUCUCAAGAUUGUUCCUCAAUCUGGUGGGGAGCCCUUAUCCAUCUGGACUGGUUGCCACACAGAAAAACAUUCUCCCCUCACAUCCCUCAACUCCCUCAGCAGGAUGUUAACUGAUAGCAUCCACACUGAUAUCACCAUCAAUGCAAGCAAUGGCAGCAUCGGCGCCCACAGAGCUGUUCUGUCCACAAAGUCCCCUGUCUUUCAGAGCAUGUUCUCCCACAACCUUCAAGAGAAGAAGCUCUCUACCGUCAACAUCUCCGACAUGUCAUUCGAGGCAUGCCAAGCCUUCCUCAACUAUAUAUAUGGAAACUUCCGUGUCGACGAGUUUCUAACUCACCGUGUAGCCCUUCUCAGAGCCGCCGAUAAGUACGAUAUGUCGGACCUCAGAGAGGCUUGCCAUGAGAGUCUCUCCGAAGAUAUUGAUUCGAAGAAUGUGCUUGAGAGACUCCAGAUGGCGCAUCUAUACCAACUUCCAAAACUGAAGUGUAGUUGCUUGAGGUAUUUGGUUCACUUUGGCAAGAUUUAUGAGAUCAAUCAGGAUUUCAAUUUGUUUCUCCUUAGUGCAGAUAGGGAGCUUAUAGCUGAAGUCUUUCAGGAAAUUCUUGCUUCCUGCAAGGGGUUCUGGUGAGAGCUUCUAUGAUUAGUUGAAGUGGUAGUGUGUUUAUUAUAUGUACAUAUAGAUUUGUUGGUGGGAGUGGACAAUACAUUUCCAGUGCAGAGGGGUGAAUUCUUUGUUUCAACAUGUAAAAUUUACGAACUGACUGAAUUAAACCACUGCUCCAUUGUAAAAUAUAUUUUGGAAGGAUUUAAUAUUUUCUUUGUUCAAUUU